AUCAUUUUAUGUUUUUCCCUUUACCUACUCUUUCCCACAGUUUGUUCAGCUGCCUCGAUUGAUGAACGCUUUCAGAACAUGGAACAUGUCAUUCAGACACUCUUAGCAGAAAACAAGGCGCUGAAAAGUCGUUUAGACAAUCUCGAGGAACUGCAACAUCGAGUACUUGUGUUGGAGGAAAACUGUGGGAUUUCUGACAAAUCGAUAGGGAAGGGAGAUAAUCCAUCAUACACAUCAGAAAUCUACCAAGAACCCGUGUCCUCUGACGAAGAACAGGCUGAUACAGCUAAUAACUCGAAUGAAUACACAAACCCCGAUAGAGACGCCAUGGCUCUGAAAAUGACUCCACAGCAUAGGAUAGUUACAUCGAGCGUAGCGUCGUCAUCUUGGCAUUUAUCAAAGCGUGCUGCUCAAAGCGAGGUGGCGUUUCAUGUGUAUCUAAGCGGCGAACGGUGUUACAGCAAUCUUGAAAUAUUCAAAUUCGACGUAGAGCCAGUUGACGUUGGUGGAGGGUAUAAUACUGCAGACGGAAUUUUCGAUGCCCCAGCUACAGGUCGAUACGUAUUCAGCUGGACUGUUGCCGCGCCGCAGGGAAGCUGGUUUUCGGCAGACUUGAUCAUCAAUGGUAAGGUGCAAGGAGUUGUCAUGACUGAUUCGGAUUUAGGCGGAUCUGGCAAUGGCGUUCAUCCAGUAACAGGAGUUGUUUUAGCAAACGUAAACGCUGGCAACCACGUGUAUGUCCGUUUCAAACAGGGAACAAGCUGUCAUGUAAAAAGUGAUUCGUAUGUGCGUACAUCAUUUACCGGCUGGCUGUUGUUAUAAAUAUUUUUUGCAAGAGCAAAAUGUUGCAUAAUAAAGUCGAUAGAGGAUGACAA